AUGUCGACUGCAAAGACGAAUCCAUGGUUAGAUACGGUGCUAUCAAAAACCGAGCCAUCCACACCAUCAGAGCCGAAGAAUUCACCUGAGAGAAAUGGCCUAUCAGACCAGCUCCGACCAAAAUCUUCCACGCCAAAAAUCUACACAGAAAAAAAGCCAGCACAAGACUCCCUCGAUGAAGCCUUUCAAGCAGCAAUCAAGGCCAUAGUACCAGAACGACUCGAGGCCACCAGGAGAGCGAAAGCAAGAAUGGAGGUCAUCCAAGGAACGACUCAAGAUAACUUGAAAGUGGCUGAGUUCACUCAAGUGACAUCAACGAACCCAGCACCUACCACCCCAAAACUCCCGAAGCAGAAGGAGAAGCCACUCUUACAGGCGGCAAUCGAACACCUCACAUUCGAUCGUCUACACACUGUACUCUACAAAGCUCUCAACGAAUCGCCAAAAGCCCGUUCAGUGUUCGAGAGGGAGCUCUUAGCUCCUCUAUCUCCUGAUCUCGAAGACAAUGAAGAGACAAUAGCAGCGAAGAAGAAGUCGGGAAGGAAGAGACCACGGUUCGAGGUGUGUAGAUGGUGCAAAGAUGAAUUUGAUGUCACGGAUAACCCUGGAGAUGCCUGCAACCAUCACACAGGCGAGUUGGAACCCGAUGAGCGUGCAUGGCGUGACUACAAUGUAGCAGAGGAUGGUCCAAUCGAUACAGAUGAGAAUCGAGAAAUCCACGCCGAAGGGUUUACAUGGGACUGCUGUCAGGCAGAUGGCGAUGAUGAUGGCUGUGAGACCACUGCUCACGAAAUCGACGAGAAUUACAACCCGAAGAAACCCAAGCGGUACUGGGAGUUUUGA